CUGCGGUGCCGGGCAGGGCUGUCGGGGCGGCGUGCCGGGGGCUGUAGGGCCGGGCGGUGGGCAGCAUGCCCCGCGGCCCCUCGCCCGCCUCCCGCCCAGAUUCCCCUGUCUGUGGCAGCGCGGGAUGAGGCUGCCCACUGCUCCGACAGCUCUGGGGACGGCUGUAGCCCAGGGCUCCGGCCAUCGGCGCUCGGCCCCCCGCGCCCCCCCCGCAGCCCCCCGGCCCCGCGGCCCCGAGCCAUGGUCAGCCGUGAGCCCGUGCCUGGCCCGGCCCCCGCCGGCGAGGGCAGCCAGGAGAAAGCCAUGACGGUGCGCUCGGUGCUGCUCAACCGCGACUCGCCCGACAUCGAGAGCCGCCUCAAGCGCCGGCGCAACCGCACGCAGCAGGUCCGCUUCAAGGACCUGGUGGAGGGCGGCUCAGGGCAGGCGGGCAGCCCCCCGCCCGGGCCCGCGGCCACCCCCGGCCCCAACACCCCACGUGCCUCGCCGCCCCCCAGGGACGCCCCUGAGCCGGCGGCUCUCCGUGCCUCGCGGCGCAGCUGGCCCCAGGCACAGCCGGGCUCGCUGACGCUGCCCAUGCCCAGGAAGGCGUGCAUGAGCACGGCCAUCCAGACCUCCCCCAGCCUCCAGAAGCCCUUCCCAGCUCCCCAGCCCCGCAGCAGGAGCGUCUGCGAUGUGGCGGGGGACGCGGUACUGCCCGCCGUGGCGAGCGCCCGAUGCCCUGGGGUGGCCGUGCCCACCACGACCAGCUGGGCUGUGCCCCCGCGGGCCCCCGGCAGCCUCCCCGCACAUGACCGCACCGUGGCUCUCGGCCAGCACGCCACGGUGUGCCCCCUACCACUGCCACCGCCCAGGGACCCCCCUCCCCCUUACCGCGGCACAGCCGGGUGCCCCGCUGCCCGCUGCGCCCCCGAGCCCUGCCCGCCGCCCCCCGCCUGUGCCCAGCUCCGCGGGAGCCCACGGGGUGGCCACGGGGUCACCCCACGCCCGGCCUCCGUGCCCUGUGGCCAGCCCCGACCUCCCGCUGAGCAGCGGGGGCUCGGCCGGAGCGACUCGGAGCGGACCCUGCCCUGCGGCCGCCCUCCAGCCCAGCCCUCCCCGCACCGCCGGCAGCCCGGCCCCGCCACGGACACCCACGGCCUGCGCCAGCCACCUCAGGGCAACCCCCCGCGGGACCCCCCCCCGCCCCACCACCAGCUCUGCGGCUCGCCAUGGGGGGGGCCCUGCUGCGCCUCGCCAGCCCCUGUCCCACCAGUGCCGGGCUGGCACAGCUCUGCUGCCGCCGCGGCGCCGGAGAAGACACCAGCUGUGCUCAGCACCUGCAGCCGGCUCCACGCUGCCGAGCCCGGGCAUGGCCGGGCAGGACCCGAGGGACACGGGGAGCCGCUGCCCCCAAUCCCACAGGGCCCCAGCACGGGGGCACAAGCGGCCGGGUGGGCACCAGAGCCCCCCCAGCACGGGCAGCCCCCCCUCGCUGCUGAGCAACCGGAGACACUGCACCGUGUCCAGGACCUACUGCAGCUGGUGGUGGUGGCCAAGGCACCGGUGGGACCACCAGCGAGGGACGAGGACGCCCAGACAACUCAGGGAGAGGGCCCCUGGCGGCCCGGGGAGCAGGGAGACCUGCAUUCCCAGCUGCAGUCCCUGGAAGGGGUGCUGGAGACCAGCCAACAAACCAUCAGGGUGCUGCUGGAUGUCAUCCAGGACCUGGAGAAGAAGGAGGCGCAGCGGGACGGGCGACACUCGUACCGGACCGGGCAGGACAUCGCCAACUGCGGGACCUGCCGGGACUGCGCCUGCAUCAUCUACAGCGUGGAGCACGAUUUCCGGCAGCAGGAGGGCCGCUUCCAGCGGGUGCUGAGCCACAUCGAGGGCAACGCCGGGCCGAGCCCCCCCCCCCGACGGCCAUGGGGGCGGCGGGCACCUCCUCACUGUCCGGGCAGGAGCUUUCGCCGGCGCCGAAGCUGCCAGUGAAGCUGGACGUGAAGAAAUCCCGGCGCAAAUGCUUCUGGUUCCUGUGAGCCCGGAGCGCGGGGGCACCGCCCCAGCACUGACCCCCUGCCCACCUCUCCUCCCUCCCUCCUACGGCAGGGUUUGGGUAGCACCAGCUUUUCUAUUUUUAACCAUUCCGUUGGAGGCGGGGAGCCCGGGUGUGGAGGUGGCGAGGGGAGCCGUGGCUGUAUUUAAGGAGAAUUCAAUAAA